AUUCCUCUAGUGCGUUGGCUUUUUUUUGGGUAGUGGCAAAGGUGGGCGUGACUUUUCGGAUGGGUGUUACUGGGAGCGAGAGAGAUGGCAAGGUUAAUUGUCGUGUUAACAUUUAUUAUAAUUUCACCGACCUACUCCAAACAAAACUGCAACAUUCCUCUUGUUAUCCGCGGUUCGUGGUUUUCCUGGGAAAAUGGAAGAAGUACGACGACUGAGAUAAAUGCGGAUUCCAUGUCAAGAAAAGGGUACUGUAUAGAUAUGAAAGAAGAAUAUCAUGUUAAUUAUACAUUAAUUUUUAAGCAGGAGGGCACAAGUUGCUAUACAUGUGUGAAAUUAUUGGUCAGGACAGUUAACGUUUUGGAAAAGAUGGAAACUCCGUGUGUUACUGUACCUCCCGAAAGAGAGGCAACUGUGGAGAAUGUCUGCAAAGGUUUGAAGCCCGACCAACAACUGAUAACACUUUUCGAUGAAAAUUAUGUACCAGUUAAUUGCCGUUCAAGUUUAGAAGGCGUUUGGCAGUUUGGUUAUCAGAAUCGAUUUCGUUUUACAGGAGAAUGUAACCACCCAGACGCUAUGGUCCGUUCCUGUCAGACUGCUGGUACACAGUUUCUGAUUACAAAUCAGAAAUUUAACAUAACAUACAAGAAAUGUACAGGAAUGAGUGAAACUUUUGACGGUGUUGUAGAAUAUAGUUGCCUCGGAGACUGGUUUGUGGGUAAAAAUCACUUUUUUGCUGUUGCCAAUACAAAAGAGUCGAGGAAAGACGAAAAAUAUCGAUGUUUUUUGAAAAAUAGGGAUGAUGACCUGUAUAUUGGUGUUUCAAUUACAGCAGAAUGCAACACACUCAAAACAGUGGAGCAGAGUCCGGAGAGAUUACAUCUCACACCGGUGAAAUCUGAAGCUGUGGUUCCUGGGUGUACACUUCCACAAAAUUUCUCAGGUGAAUGGAUAAACACAGCAAACAUAGAUGCUGAUAUUUUCAUAAAUGAAACACACAUAAUGGAAACAUGGUAUCCAGAUGAGGGACGUUUCCGGCGAACCAUAUACGUUUGCCACCAACACAGAGGAACUCGUUACAUGAUGGCUAGACUCACUGUUGAUGGUUGUCAGAAAGAUUAUGUAUGUUUCGACUUUGUGCCCCGACAUCAUAAUAUAAUAAGAUAUAGGCGCGGUAUAGCUUUUAUCACAGAUGAUUUUCGUACUGUAUGUUCAUGGGUGCAAUUCAAAAAUCAAGAAGCAUGGAAGUACGAUUUAUAUUUGGCAAAGAAUCCUGUCCCUGUUCAGUGUCCUGUUGCAGGUAAAUUUAACUUCACACAGCGAGGAGAUAUACCAUUUGAGACCCGCAUUCUUGGAGGUGUGACAUUAUCACCAAGGCCAAAUAUCUACUGCAAGCAGAAUAUAUCAGAUUUUUCGGUUUGUGACAUAGACCAGAAAGAAAUUGCAAUUGAUGAAACAUAUUGCCUUAGUGUAGACCACCGUGGUCGACCUGUUGACAUAUAUAGUGAUCCUGAUUACCGACUGCAAUGUAUUGGAUUUUGGAAGGAGAAUCUGAAGUCUUAUUUAAUAACAUAUGAUGAACUUGAUGCAUUUAGUAAAUACCGUUGCUGGGUAUAUCAAAGAGCUGACCUUAACAGGAUACUGAUGUCUCAGGCUCUUGGCCCAUUCUGUGAUCUCAAGCAAGAUGUUACCAGCUGGAAUUACACAGAAGGAGCUGGUGUCGCCAUUGACAUGGUAGAGUAUGAAAGAGAACGUGACCAGUGUCCAAUGCAUUUUGAUGAUGGUAGUAAUCCAUGGUUAAAUAAAGAAAAUCUCAUUAUAGUUUUCACAUUUGGUAGUGGAUGUCCUCUAGAAAAUAGCCUUUUUCUUGUUUGGUUUUUAGUUAUGUUUGUUUACAGUCUGUAGUUGUCUAUUACGACUGUUAAAAAUGGGUCUGUAUUUUUUUGCUUCUAAACAUUUCUCACUGGGGAAUGAUUUUUAGUGAUGGUGCACUGCUGUGUAGUGUGACAGUUUGUACAUUACAUAGCUAUAUUUUGGUAAUAUGAUGGGAUGAGGGAUGUCUCCACAUCAGAGUAGCACAGUACUUCGUGCAGACUAUCUCAGGUUUUUCCUACAAAAUAUUUUUCACAUACAAGAUUUUUAAUAUAGCUAGUACUGGAAUGUAUUUACUUUGUUAAGAAAAUGUACCUACUUUAAAUUGGGUUAUUAGCUCAGUAUUUGUGAAAAUUAUAUGAAUGUAUGUAAAUGGAGUUGGAAACAUGUAUGUGUAGUUAGAAUUGUACACAAAUUAUCCAUUAUGGUUGGAUAAUGUUUUGGGAUAAAUACCUUACACUUGUAUGUUAUGCAGUGGUUCAAAUUCCACAUUAUUGCCAUCCAUAUGAGAAGUUAUCCCCCUCCCCUCCUAGCAUCAGAUGCAUGUUUAGGGAAUGCACAUCAAAAAUUGUGUUUUUAUAUCUUUUUUUCUGAAAUCUCUGACCACCACAGAAUUUACUUUUGUUUUUCAACUAUCACACUAAUUUGUAUUGUUUAUUAUCAUCUUAGUGUGCCUAUACCAUUAUUUUUGUAUAUAUAUGUAUAUGUGUGACAGUUGACCAAAAACUAUUACCAAAGAUUUUUUGCUGAUUUGUGAAUUGUUAAUGGCAAGUGUCAGUAAUAUGUUUCAUCGUUGUUUCAGUUAUCAAUAGUGGUAUCAGAUCAUCACAAUCACUGUGAAAAUAUCUCACAAUGUACCUUCAAACAGAAGCCUUUUAUUUGAUAGAUCUUUAUUGUGUGUUAUGCUUCUACAUUAUAUUUCAGACGCUUUGUAAUCUAUAUGUGGGACUUUGAAAUUAUAAAUGUGUGUCCAGGGCAUGAAAAGUUGGCAGGCACAAUAUAUAUUUGACAGAUCGAGCAUUCAAAGCUUCCUAUUCCUGGUCAUCAGUGACAAAUUUUUGUUCAAAUACUAUAAAGUGAUUUUUAAUAAUUGUUUUUGUAAGUGAAUGUAAAAUGAGGUAAUUGGUUCCAGUUUUGCACGUAGCAUUUUGUCAAGUCAUCUUUGCCAGUGUAAUUGUUGAAAUAUUCUGUACAAAGAUUGAAAUGACGGUCCUGCUGGUCGCAUUUAAAUUUAUUUUUUUUCAGUAGCAGCAGGAAAAUGCCAAAACAUUUCUUUUGUUUUGAAUAAUUUUGAUCAGUCUUCAUGCUUCAAACUGAAUUAUAAAUAAGGUAAAUGAAAAUUUUGAAUGAACGAUAAAGAAAGAGAACCAUUCACAAAAAAAUUAUGUCACCUUAGUUCUUUUGAUUCUUACUGUUUUGUAGGAUAAACAAUGAGUAUUAUUGUUAUAAUUUCAAAUUUGAACCUUCUCUCGUACUGUUACUCUCCAACGAGAUACAUGGAAAAAAGUAGACUGAUAGUAUCCAAAGAAUGUUAUGCAGAAAGUUACAAACUCACUAAUGUAAGUAUUAUGAAAUACUUUUUACAGCUUUAUCGCAGCAGUAUUUUAGUCUGUUAGCUUCUUGUGUACGUAGCAAGCUUAUUAGUUAUCAAACACCAAAGUCUGUUGUAUUCAUUCCGUCCUCUAUAUAUUGAAGUGAUAUAUACAGUGUAUUUGUUGUAAGGGUGCUGGUAGCCAGAGCAGAGUAUUUUUUAUAUCUCCGUUAGUAUAUAAUGUGGAUAAUGUGCAGUAUUGCUUACCAGAAAACUGUGAUAUAAUUUUGAACUUUGUAUGAAUCUCUAUAAAAAUGUCUUACACCUUCAGCAGAUUAUAUUUUUCAUAUACAGAUUUUGUAAAGCAUGAUAUAUUUAUACAGUUGUAUGGAUGUUGAAGAAAUAAAUGUCAUUGAUAUUG